CAGAAUAUCAACAGCACAGUGCCAAGCCGUGUCCAUGCCUCUGCCCCCAUCCAAACACAGCUGUGAGGAGCGUGGAGUCCAGUGGGCUUGAUGAAAGGGAAAAAUCACUGGAUUACACAGUUUCUGUAGAUUAAAACCCUGAAUGCUUUAUCUGAUUCACGUCCUGCUGGAUGCUGAUGUGGAGCUACUGAAGCGUAAAAAACGACCUGCAGCAAAGGCUACAAAAGAGAUUGGAUUCAGAGAAACUGAAAACUAACCUUCGUCGCUUUGCCAGCCUAAAAUUUAACGCGACCAAAUUUCCUACAGCAUGUCCAGCAAUCAUUCAGCCGUAUCUCAAGAAACCCACAGCACUCACAGUGCUGGAGCAUCUUCUGAGUCAAUGAUGCCAUCUGCAUGUGAAGAAGAGUCAGUCUGUGAGAGUCUCACUUCUGAACCUGGAAUGGAAACCUACCUUGUGUCAGAAUUCCAAGAGGAGGAUGAAGAAUCCAUUCACAGAAACCCAUUUACAGUUCCUGCAGAUAUUGAUAUUUUCGCACUAAGGAGCAAGGAUAGAAAACAGGCAAAGGCGGAACAUGAAAAGAUGAAGACCAUGAAAAUUCAUGAGAAAAUGACUUGCUCCUUUAAAAACAAGGCAAAGGAAAGAGGGGUUAGGAAAGCUUUGCAAAAGGAAGAGGAAGAAGAAAGCAGAAAACAGGCAACAGAUGAAGAAAGACUGAAAGCUCUUCAGGAGUGUCUUUCAUGGAAGAUAGCCAUGAAAAAAGAUUACCCAUUAGAAAAAGAAAGUUUCCAUGACUACAUAAGGGACAGAAGAGAGACAUUUUUGCUUGAGUAUGCCAUAGCAAUUAAGAAAGAAGAGAUUCAAAAGUUGGAGAACAUAGCAAGGAAAGAGGAAAGAAAACUGGAAAAGGCUGAACAUAACCUGGAGAAAGAUAUUGACAUAUUUGAUGAGUACCUGAAGGAGAGCCACAAAAGCUCUGUUCAAGCCCUGAAAAUUUCUGAAAAAGAAUCUGCAGCAAAAGCAAAGAGAAUAGUAGAGAUCCACUCAAUUAGUUCCCAAAUAAUGAGCCUCCGAAGCGAUAUAACCAGAUUUGAGAAUUCUCUGCGAGAGUACAAGACGUACAAAGACUUCCUCUAUCAGCUAUCUCCAAAAGAAUGGCAGGAGGAAUAUGAAAAAAAGCACGGAAAGCAGUUGAAAACUGAUAAAGAAAGUGCCUCAGAGAAGGACCAGGAUCUGACCAUCGGGAUGAGCACGAGUGGUAUAGAUGUGCCAGUUUCUCUGCUGUCUGCAGAAAGUUUGAACUCAAGUUUAUCAUAUGGGAGCAAACCACAGGUCAAAAACCUCCCGAAACAUCUCACGACAGAAAAUCCACAUUCAUCAGAGGAUCAAGAGAGUGAAAUCUGCUUGGAUGAUGAUGAGGAGCCUGAGCUGUAUUUUACCGACCCCCAACAACUGCUGUCUGUUUUCACGGAGAUGGAGGAACAGAACUUUUCCUACCUCUGUAAUUUCCAGGAGACAGAGAGAGAAAUGCAUGAGCUCCAACACACCUUCAUCAACACACAACAAAAGAAGGACGAGGAGCAAGCACAGCUGAAAGAAGCUUCACUCACCUUGAAAUCCACUGUCACCAAAUUGGAAGAGAGAGCAGCAGAGUUGAAGCUCAAAGUUGAAGACUAUUCCUCAGAGCACAAAGCAGAUGCCCAGGAUAAAAUGCUUGCAAGCUUGGGAAAAAAGGUGCGGGAGAUCCAUAGUCACUGCAUCGGAGAAAGUGGGGAAGGCAUGGAGAUAAUGGAGAUGCUGGCAGCGAUAGAAAAAAAGCUCAUUGAGUUACUGGAUCACCUGGAAAGAAUUCCAGCUGCAAAGAUAGCAGAGAUUGAAAAAGCCAAAAGAAAAGAACGGAGAAUGAGGCUGAAGGAAGAAAAGGAACGACAGCAGAAACAACUGCAGGAGGAAAAACUGCAACGGGCCCUGGCGAGAGCACAGGCAAUCACAGAGAGAAAGAUCACCAGAAGGCUGAUGUUCCGCUCCAGCCCACCUGCCAGGAGGGAAAAGAAGCAGCACAGCCAAGAACAAAGUGAUAAGAAAAAAGAAGAACUACUGUACUAUUUCACUUGACAGCACAGCUUUCACUAUGUAACGUAGGGUUGAUAUUACUCUUGAAAAAGGUUUCUGUAGCUCCAGUCUGAGCCUGGGCUGUUUGUAUUGUGAAAACUUCAUGGCCUCAUGAAACUCCUCCUACCCCAAGACCCGAAGGAAAGGAGCCAGUGUGCGGGAACUACUGAUUGUUUUGCUUAACUAAGGAAAUAAAAUGCUCUUAUUUUGCUUCUUUA